GAGUAGGCGUUUCAUUCGAGUGUAACAAACAGAGGAGACGGAGCCGCACGCUGCAGAGAUCACCACACACACAUUUACAUCCAUACACACAUUUUUAGAAACACUUUUACAACCAUAAACGUGCUUUUUCCCCACCUAAAGAAAUAGAAAUAUUGAAAGAGUGCAGCGCAAAACGUGAUCUCCCUGCAGCCCGGGGGCUUUAGGAGUCUGCAAGGAAGUCAUCAUGUGAAAAAAAAAAUUAUUUGCUAAACGGACAAAAGGGCUGGAUCACAAGGAAAAGAAACGAGGCUGAAGGAAAGGAAGUAUGGCUGAGGUUUACAGUCAAUGAAGUCGGAGGGGUGUGCGUUAGCGUGACAGAGGUGGAGCUUACUCCACACACAGAGAGACGUUCCUCUGUUAGGAGGCCUGUGCUGUCGACCCCGAAAACCCAGCCGAAAACUGUUGCUGGCGCUGCACCACAACAUGCGUCUCAAUCCCACAGUCACGCAGGAGCAUCUCAGCGCAUGCUAACACUCGGAGCUGUCAUUGUCACCUCCUGUCAGAGCAGUCAAACAAUGGAAAAGACCACCGGUGUGAGCGGUAUGUCCGUGGAUGAGAAGUCUGAAGCUCCCAUGUAUGUGUAUGAGUCGACGGUGCACUGUACCAACAUCCUGCUGGGUCUGAAUGAGCAGCGGAAGCAGGGCCUGCUCUGUGAUGUGACCGUGCUGGUGGAGGGGAAGGAGUUCCGCGCGCACAGGGCUGUCCUAGCGGCCUGUAGCGAGUACUUCCUACAAGGGUUCGUCACCCAAAGUGACAAUGAACUGGUUCUCAGCAUGCCAGAGGAGGUCAGUGCCCGGGGAUUCGCUCCAUUGUUACAGUUUGCCUAUACGGCUAAGCUGCUGCUCAGCAGAGAAAACAUCCAGGAGGUCAUCCGCUGUGCUGAAUUCCUGCGCAUGCACAACCUGGAGGACUCCUGCUUUCGCUUCCUGGAGGCCCAACUACGCAGUGAGGAGGAUGGCCUGGUCCUGUGUCGCAAGAUGGCGUCUGAGAGCAAUCACUCGGAGGACGAUAGCAUGCAACCCGAGUUGCUGACGACAACGCCGGCUGCGGUGACCCUGUCUGGUUCUCCGCGCUCUCGCCGCGAACUCACCCUGAACUCCUUGCGGCGUCCAGACCACGAGCGGCUGGCGGCGACGGAGGAGUUCUCAGACGGACGGAUGGACUUCGAGCGUCACGGCACCUCAGACCUGCCACGAUGCCCAAAAUACAGGAAGUACCAGUGGGCAUGCAACAAGCACAAUAACGACACCUCCUCACACACCAGUACCUCAGGUUUUCCAAGCACAUUCAAGGAGAUGAACAGGCCAGCUGUGAUGCAAAUCAAGCAGGAGCCACGCAGCGAGGAAGAGUCCAUCUCGCUUUGCCUGUCAGGGGACGAGCAGGAUGGUGGUGAAAAGGACGGUGUGGCUGAGAUGGAGCUGGAUGGAUCCAUCGCAGUGGACCAACCGAAAGGCAGCAGCAAGUCACCCACCUGCCUACGAACUCUCUUUAAGAAGGACCUGCCUAGCACACCCCAGCAACUCUUUGCUAACAGACUCGUCAAUGCCCAGGAUAAAGGAACCACUCAGGGAGACCACAAAAAAGACUACAGGCCUUCGCUUGGCAAUGAGCUUAGCAUGCCUGUGGCGUUCCCCAAAGACGCAGAUGGUUUCCCGCCAGGGCUUUCGUUGAAGUCAGCUACCUGCGAUGGUGUGUGCAAGCAAGAGGUGGAGCCGGACCGCCGCAGUGUCAUCUUCUCCUCAGGGCCCUGUGACCGUCUGGGUACGCCCACCCACUCCCAUCCUAGCGGGAACUCACUGGAGAAGGAGCUCUCAGAACACAUGCCAAAGGGAUUGUGGGCUGGCGCCAGCCAGUCCCUCCCCAGCUCCCAGACCUACUCCCCCAGCACCACAGCCAGCGACCCACCCCUGCUUUGCCGCCAAAGGCCCAAUACCAGCUGCCCAGUGCCAAUCAAGGUAUGCCCGCGAUCGCCCCCCUCAGAGACUCGAACUCGGACCUCCAGUUCCUGUUCGUCGUAUUCUUACGCCGAGGAUGGGAGCGGCGGGUCCCCCUGCAGCCUGCCGCAGUUUGAGUUCUCAUCCUCGCCUUGCCCCAAUGUGACACGGUGUCUCACGACUGAUCCGCAAGAAGGAGGCGGUGGGACGGAAGCGCUAUUUGCACGGGUGCGGCCCAAGAUAAAGUGCGAGCAGUCGUAUGGAACCAAUUCCAGUGAUGAGUCAGGGUCCUUUUCGGAGGGGGACAGUGAAUCAUGUCAUGUUCGAGAGCAAGGCCCCGAGGUCAAGCUUCCGUUCCCUGUUGAUCAAAUCACAAAUCUUCCACGCAACGACUUCCAAAUGAUGGUGAAAAUGCACAAGCUGACUUCAGAGCAGCUGGAAUUCAUCCACGACGUGCGCAGACGUAGUAAAAACCGUAUCGCGGCCCAGCGCUGCCGCAAGAGAAAACUUGACUGCAUCCUGAACCUUGAGUGUGAAAUACGCAAACUGGUGUGUGAAAAGGAGAAGCUCUUAACAGAGCGAAACCAGUUGAAGGCAUGCAUGGGAGAAUUAUGGGAGAAUUUCUCCUGUCUGUCUGAGGAGGUGUGUCGAGACGUGCAGCUGAGCCCAGAACAGGUCCAUCACUACUGCCCCAUUCUGCGCCCCGGCAACACCGCCUCCAUCGCCCCCAGCAACCAAGCCCUGCCGACCGGCAGCAUCGACCUCACCACUUGCUCCACCCCCGAACAGAGCUUCCUCAAAUCGGCCGCAGCAAAGGACGGACAUCCGCGACCGGCCAAGUGGAAGACCGGAAACGGCUCCGAAGACGCAGGCAACGACAGGGAGGAGCAAGAACCCGGCUCCGCCUACCUGGAGGCGGGGCUGUCUCUGGAACAGUCCAAUCAGACGGUGACAGUAGACUUCUGUCAGGAGAUGACAGAUAAAUGUACAACCGACGAACAGCCCAACAGAAAGGACUGUACCUAAUGACGGUGGUUUCUCUGUGUUGAUUUGUUUUUUUUUAUUAUUUAAUUUAGUUACGUCUUCUGACAAACCCUCAAAAAUCGAGGGCUGUUGAGAUGGCCAGCCUCUGCCAGUGUUUUUUUUUUGGAUUUUUUUGAUAUAUAUUUAUGUCUUUUUAUUGUCUUUUUUUAAACAAAGGUUGACACUACAGUUGUCUUAACAGCAGCAAUACUGUUCUCCAGGUUCUCUCUCAUUCAGCCAUGGCAGAGUGGCUGAGACCUUCUCACAGAACUUCACGAUGGUGCUACACCUUUCCAUGACAGUGACAACGCUGUCUGUUUCCAAUUACAGUCCAUUCAGAUGGGAUGGGCUCUGACCACAUCUCAAAUUCAGACCUCUACGGACCUAGCAGCAGCUUUUUUGCUCUCUCUCUCUCUCUCUCUCUCUUUUCUAUCUGUCUAUCUCUCUCUCCCUUCCCCACCUCCUUCACUAUUCCUGCCCUCUACCUCUAAAAUCACUCCUUCUCUCUUUCUCCUUCUCUUUGUGGCCCUUGUCACAGUAAAUUCAAACUCAGGAAAUAUUCUGAAUGUUCAGUAUAACUCAUGAAAAAAAAAAAAAAAUAAUACAGAAUUUUUGUUU